AUGCCGAAAAAAGCUAAAUAUUCAGAGGAUAAAAUGUAUAUCGCUUCCUUACUAGACUACCCCCCUACCUUAAAUAUAUUAUAUAAAAACCUAAGGAAAAGGAUAAGACUAGCUACUAAAUUAGCUAAGGAAAGCUAUAUAAAGUUAUAUCUUCUUAUUCGACUAGUUAUAUUACUACCGGUUAAGAAGCUUAAUAAUAAGCUUCUUAAUAAUCUAGUUAAGCUAGAUAAUUUAUCUAUAUAUAUAAAAAGGUAUAUUUAUCGAAGUAUAAACGUCUAA